GUCUUCCCACAGUAAGCUGUCUUCAGACAGCACUGACAGUAAGCGACUGGGGAGGAGCAGGCGGAGGCUGGUAAUGGAACUGCUUCCUCUCCAUCCAAUACUUUGGUCCGGUCUGCUGGUUUUGUGUGCCUCACAAAGUGUAUUCGAGGAAACCAGCUUCCUGCACCCAAUAAAGGGAAAUGACUCAGAAAAUGUUGAUAUAUUAAACCAGUGGAUCCCAACUGAGACGGAGGCCAACAGUCAAGAUGUCUGCCAGCUGGAAAAGAUUCAUGGCGAUAUAUAUCCAGAGCGUACUUCAAAGAAGGGACAUUAUGUAGAGGAGCCUGAGGUGAAUGAUAAUUUUCACUGCCUCCUUUAUCCAACAAAUACACUGAACUGCUCCUGGUCAUUCCACAAUCUACAGAAGGACACGCAGCUCUUUGUUCAUAUCAGUAUUUGUGAUGAUGAGAGAACAGUUCGCUCUCUGAAUGCUUCGCCUGGGGAAAGAGUCGGAUUGAGUUCCUUACAUCUGCAUGAACAUGGGAGCCAUGUAAUCCUCUGCUUUAACUUAACCCUGCACCACGAGUGGACGUUCUACACCUGCGCAUACGACAUGGACAUGAUAGAGGUCCUGUCUCCACCCCAGAACAUCAAUGCAUCAGUUAAAGAUGGAGACCUGUUGGUGACAUGGGAUCUGCCCCACAGUCGAGCAAACUCUAACCCCUCGUGCUUUGAAUACCAGCUGGACAUGGGUGACCAGGAAAGACCCAGAAAUGUGACCGAACAGCUGUCUUAUACAGAGCCCAAUGCAAAUCCUACCUGCACCUACAGUGUGAGGAUGAGGGCGAGAAAGAAAAGCGACUGCCAAGAAGCUACUCAAUGGAGUGACUGGAGUCACGCCGUCACGGUAGAACAGUCGAUAUACAAACUCAACACUGUGGUGAUCAUCUUAAUAUCACUUGGAAUACCCAUGAUCCUCCUGGCUGUGCUGCUGCUGGUGCGCUAUCAGAGGGUGUCUGAGGUUCUGUUUCCACCGAUUCCUCGCCCCCCACCAAAGUACAAAUGUUUCCUGGAAAAAAAUGACACAUUCAGUGUCUUCCACCCUGCCCCGUCAGCUGAGCCUGAGAUCACAGAGGUGAGAGAAGGAGAGGAGCACACAGAGCAAAAAUCUGGAAAGUCAUUGUAAAAGCAAUAUAACGUUUAAUGCCAUGCACAGGUGCUUUGAAUGCAUGCAAAGUGUGUAUAGUUAGAGCUGGGUGAUAUGGACAAAAUUCAUAUCUCUGUAAUUUCAGGCUGAAAGGCGAUAUAUAUGGGCUACAUGUUCAGUUGCAAGUAGCAAGCUGAUCCACGGCUUAAGGCCCCUGUUGGUGUUACUGCAUGUGUUUUUCCACAGCAGGGCAGGUAAAAGAAGUUUACCUGUUGGAGGUGAGCUGUUUGCAAAGGUGCAGUAAGAGCCUGUUGUCUGCAGCUCUUCAUCAACAUCUCACUGUGGCUGAUUCUGCUUUUACUUUCCUCGCUGCGGUAUUAUUACACUCGUCUUAAUUGAAGAAAAGCUGCUAAUAAAGUUCUACUAAUUCAGUGAUAAACACAUUUAAUUUCCUAUAAAUUCUUCACAAGAAAAGUCCCUUGUUAUUUUGCGUUGUAAAAACCUUUAUUGUGAAGCAGCAAAAUAAGGAAGUGUUGAGUUUUCGAGCAGCAACUUCACAUAACUUCUAACACAGCUGGUAGUGAACAUGAAACAAAAUAAAGCAGAUGUCUGAGGUAAAAACAGGACGCAGUAGAGAAACUAAACUCCAAACCACAGAGAUUCAGUCAGAAGCUACAAAAGUACUGAGAGACUUAAAAACGUCUUUCUCCCUGGUCUCCUGCAGACAGAGAUGAGGAGAGUCUCACAACACACGGCUUGUUUGAGGGGGAGAAGGAUGGUUGUCAGGAAUUGGCUGUGGUCGGUGAGACUUGACUCAGUGCGGCCAUAAGUGACAGUGGAAAAGGCCCACAGUAUUGUACGUGUGCUGCUGCGGGAAUUUCAUUCAUCUCACAGACUGAUUUAGCGGUGUUGUGCAAAUUAAAGUCCGAUGUCGCACUGUAGACAAAUAACAGACAGAUUUAACAGAGGAGCAGCUCUGUGUCUCUCUUAAGCGGGAUUUAUACCUGUGCAGCAGACCCUACACACGUGGCCUACGUCGUUGUGAGCAUUUACACUUGUGUGGUGGUGUGUCUGUGUCUCUCUGCCAUAACACUAAUUGGAGGUGGAGGUUUCUGUGAAGUGCUGUAAAGUUUAGUUGAUUCAAAACACACAUUAAACACGGCUUAAUAGAGACAAUUUCAAACACAAGUACACAAAUCACCUUCACCAUAACUCACAGCAUUCACAGACAAAGCACUUGUCUUUUGCUGAAUACAUUUUCCCCACAAAUACAACAUGCUAAUGGUUUUAGCACAAGCCUAUGGCAUUUUACAUUGUAUAAAUUAGCCUAGCGACGGGCGGAGAUUUCCUCUGCUCAUAUGAAGCCAGGAUAAAUCACACACAGGACUUAUAAUGCUAUUUUAGUGGAGGCUUUUUUGUCUUCACACAUUAUUGUUUCUUAUCAGUGAAAUUAAAGUAAAUAAAAGCUUUGUUUCCACUGAGGGAAAUGGUUUCAGCUUACAAAAAUAAACAGGAGGUCUGCAUUGCCGCUACAUGUAGUUACAUUUCUGGGGAGGUGCGUGUCAGGCUACACUAUAGGCUCUACGUCGACGCAGGGCCUACGCUGUAGGUACGGCAUCAUUCAACACAGAAGAAUAAUUUCACCUUAGUUUAACUGGAGAACUUGUGAGUGAGUGGGCCGGAGCUGUGUGGAGCGUGAGGUGCACUCUGGUAUGCGUUAUAUAUCACAACUUGACCCUAUAUUGAUAUAAACAGUGUUAUCUAAAUCUAUAUCUUGCUUGAAAAUAUAUUGAUAUAUUGUACAUAGUCGUCAUAUCACCCAGCCCCAUGUGUAGGUGUGUAUAUGUGUGGACAUUGUGGUUUUAUGUCGCUCAUGUCUUUUAUAGCCUUACUGCUGCUUCACGUUUUACAACACUUUAAAUACAUUUUUAGACAUGUAAAAGUAUACCAACAUGACUGCAAAACAUGCUAAGGAUAUUAUAAAAAAAGGCAGAUUUUGCUCUGCAUAGUCAUUGACUUGUGAAUUGUUUUGUAUUUGACUGAAACAAAGGGUUCAGUUGAUGAGUUUGCUCUGCCUGAACUCGCUGGCCCUGAAAUGUAGAUCGUGUGCUUCUACAAAAUGUGUACACCUUUUUGGGUGUGAAAUAAAGUUGAGUGAUGCACUAUA